CUCCCCCUCUUAAACCCUAAUAAUCCCAACCCUUCUCUAUUUCUCUCUCCACCUCCAUCUCCAUCUCCAUCUCCAUCUCCAGUUUCUCAACCUCCAAGUCUCAACUCUCAACAAUGGGAAAAGUGAAAGGAAAGCACAGACUUGAUAAAUUCUACCACUUAGCCAAAGAACAAGGCUACAGAUCUCGAGCAGCCUUCAAGCUAAUCCAACUUGAUGCCAAAUACUCUCUCCUCAAUGCUUCUCGCUCCGUUCUCGACCUCUGCGCCGCUCCCGGUGGUUGGAUGCAAGUCGCCGUCAACCGUGUCCCUGUUGGCUCCCUCGUCGUUGGUAUUGACCUUUUCCCUAUUCGCCCCAUUCGAGGUUGCAUUUCUAUUGAGGAAGACAUUACAAAGCCUAAGUGUCGUUCAACUAUCAAGAAACUUCUGGCUGAAAAUGGGUUUAAGGCUUUUGAUCUUGUUCUUCAUGAUGGGUCCCCAAAUGUUGGUGGUGCUUGGGCUCAGGAAGCUACUAGUCAGAAUGCUUUGGUUAUUGAUUCUGUUAAGCUCGCUACUGAGUUCUUAGCUCCUAAGGGUACCUUUGUCACUAAGGUAUUCAGGUCACAGGAUUACAAUGCUGUGCACUACUGUCUUAGGCAGUUAUUUGAAAAGGUGGAGGUAACUAAACCUGUUGCCAGUCGUUCGACAUCUGCUGAAAUUUAUGUUAUAGGUCUUAAGUACAAGGCCCCAGCCAAAAUUGACCCUCGUCUCCUAGAUAUCAAACAUUUAUUUCAGGGUGCUAUUGAACCGGCAAAGGGGUAUGAUAUUUUUGAGCCCAAGCAUAAGAGAAACCGUGAGGGGUAUGAUGAUGAUGUAUCCCUAGUGAGAAAGGUCUGCCCUGCUGCUGAAUUUGUAUUGUCAUCAGAAGAUCCUGUCGAGACUCUGGGCAAAGUAACAUCCAUCAGAUUUGAUGAUGAGUCUAGUUUGCCUUUGAAGGAACAUCCUUUGACGACAGAGGAGGUUAUGACCCUGUGUGAAGACCUGCGUGUCCUAGGAAAGCAAGACUUCAAGCAGCUUUUGAAGUGGAGGAUAAAUGUACGGAAGGCUCUUUCUCCAACAGGGAAAACCACUCCUACUAGUGUUAGCACUGAUCUGGAGAAUGAGAAUGCAAACAAAGAGGUGGAAGAGGAGGAGGAGGAUGAGGAUGAGAAAGUUCUCAACGAAAUGGAGCAGUUGACACAUGGUGUAGAGAGAAAAAAGAAACGCGAAAAGAAAAUUCUUGCAAAGAGGCAGGCUAAGGAUAAAGCACGGAAAGCAACAGGAAUGCAAAUAGAUGCUCUACAGGAUGGUUAUGUUGACAAUGAAUUGUUUUCUCUUGCUUCCAUUAAGGGCAAGGACGACUUAGCAACUGUUGAUACCACAGAAGAUGUUGAAGGUAAUGAAUUGGCCGGUAGUGAUGAUGAUGCAGACAACGAGGCUGAUGAGGAUAGUGAGUCUAGUGACAUGGAUUCUGAUGAGGAGCGUACAAGGUAUGAUGAACAAAUAGAUAAGGCUCUUGAUGAAGCUUAUGAACGUUUCUUAGCCAAGAGUGAUGGAAGCACAAAGCAGCGGAAGCGUGCCAAAGAAGCCUACGCUGAUGUGACUUUGACAGGUGAUGAUGAUGUUAAUGACGUAGAUCAACCGGAUGAUGAUUCUGACAGAGAUGAAGGUGGUAAGGAAGCAAAUCCUCUUGUUGUCCCGAUCGAUGAGGAUAGAGAACUAACCCAAGAUGAAAUCAAACAAAGGUGGUAUAGUCAAGAUAUUUUCACUGAAGCUGUAGAGGGGGGAGAUCUGGGCAAGGAUAGUAGUGAUGAUGAUGAUCACUUACAGAUAGCUGCACAAAAGAAGAAAAUUGCUCUCAGAAACAAAGCUAAAGAAAACUUAAAACCACAUUCUUUGGGUUCAGAAACUCCUAAAAGAAGGGCUGCAGCAAAGAUACAGGAUGAUUUAGAGGUUGUACCGGCGCCUGUAACUGAUUCAAGCAGUAGCUCAGAUGAUGAAUCUGAGGAGGAAUAUGAUACAGACUCAAAAUGUGAGAUGUUGGCUGUUGCAAAAAAGAUGCUGAGGAAGAGAAAAAGAGAAGAGAUAAUGGAUGAUGGUUACAACAAACGUAUGUUUGAUGAUCAGGGUUUGUUACCUAGCUGGUUUGCUGAAGAUGAGAAGAGGCAUAACCAACCAUUGAAACCUGUAACCAAAGAGGAGAUUGAUGCUGAAAAGGCUCGAUUCAGAGAGAUAAACGCACGUCCUGCAAAGAAGAUAGCAGAGGCUAAAGCUAGAAAGAAGAGGUCUGCAUUGAGGAACAUGGAAAAGGUAAGAAAGAAGGCUAACACCAUUGCUGAUCAGACUGAUCUCGGAGAUCGGUCAAAGUCAAGGAUGAUUAGUCAACUCUACAAGAAAGCAGCAACACCAAGAAAGCCUAAGAAGGAAUUAGUUGUUGCUAAAAAGGGGGUUCAGGUUAGGGCAGGGAAAGGGAAACUUCUCGUGGAUAGGAGAAUGAAGAAGGAUGCUAGACAGCAUGGAAUGAACAAGAAAGGGAAGGGUACGAGCAAAGGCACAGGUAAGGGCACAGGCAAGGGAAAAGGCUCAAGCACGGGAAAGGGCUCGAUGAAUGGUUCGGGUAAGAAGGGCAAUAAGGGUAGAACAUGAGCUAUUAUGGGGUUUAUGAGAAAUUCCUAAGGUUUUGACAAUUUUGACUUGUUUGUGAACUUCUGAAGAAUGAAUAUUUCAUUUGAAUUGUUCAGUAACAUAUUGGUUUUUAUCCUUUAUAAUUUUACUUUUUUUGCCGUGAUGUCUAAAUGUUUACAAGAGUCGAACUGUUGUUGAGCAUGAAGCUAGAUUUUACUUCAAAAUAUGUAGUCUCAAAUAUGGUUUUGAAAAGUUUGGAUACUGUAUAACUGUUCUAUUUUCAUUUCUGGCUGA